GUACAUCUCGAUUCUUACUUGCUGCAACUUGUUCUCAUUUUGAAAGAGCAUUUUGCGCUGGUACUUUGGAAUCUAAACUUGGUGAACAUGUAUUUCUUCCUCGCGUCGAUGAUAUACACCCGGAUGCAUUUCGUGUGCUUCUUAAAUACUUGUUUGGAAAAGACCUUAAUGAUAUUAUGAGUGAAAUUAGAUAUGAACCAGGUCCAGAUGAAGAUGAAAUAUCUUUUUAUUUCAAUCGUUACAUUGAAUUGUUGAAAUAUGCUCAAUUAUAUGAGCUUAACGAUCUUGCACUAUCAGUUCAAUAUCAAAUAAUUCAAGAUCGUUUGGUCCUACCACAAAAUAUUGUUGAGAUAUGGGAAUGGUGUCAGAAUACAGAAAUUACUGCUCCAUAUCUAGCUGAAUAUUGCGAAAAGUGUAUAAAGGAUAAUACGGAAUUAUUAUUUGAUCUACGAAUUCAUGAUAUUGAACAAGAAAUUCCAGAUAAGAAGCAACGCGCAGCGGCUAUUUUAGAAUUGGAGGGGAAGUUUUGGAAGUGGCGUGAACUCAAUUUGUUAAAAGAUAUGUCGCCUCCAAUAUAUUACGAUGAAGAUCCUCCGAUAACUUUUGAUAAUGAAUCCGGUUGGGGAAGAGAGU